AAAUCUCUCCUAACAUAUUAAUUUUACUUUUAGAGCAAAGAAAUUAACCACUCUUGCAUUGUCUCCUCCUCUACUAUGGUAAAAUCCGAUAAAAAUAUUGAAAAAACUUAGGCAAAGACCCCAAAAAAGAGAAACAAACUACUCAAGAGAGAAACCUUCACUUUGAAGGAGAAACUCCCACCUUUUUUUCAUCAUCUUUGGCAGCCAUGGGGGUGAGAGAUUAUGUUGGAAGAAUUUGAAGAUGCCUCUUUCAGUUUCUUCACCUGCUUGCCAAUCAGGACAUGAGAAUGAUUCCAUCAUGCUAAGGUUCUUAGCCAUCAGCCUCUUCUUCAUGUGUCGGUGCUAAGCCGCCUGAAUGAAACAGGCGCCCAAUGUCCUCCAUUGGUAAGAAUAGUAGCCGAACGUGUGCUGUAGCUUCUUGCUAUGGAGUCUCGCUCGCCUGAACUGAUCUCUCAAGUGCAAAGGCUUCCACUACAACUAGGCCAGCACUCAUGGUAUCUUGUCGUGUAUAUUUGUGAAACCAUGUCAGUGUCCCGUUGGGGCUGUCUGGCAGAGCCUAUUUCAAGUCAUAUAUUUGCGAAUGCUGUGCUGAGACUUCACACUUUUUUUCACGUUGAGGCUUUAUACUACGUCUCUUGAGGUGGAAAAGGUUUUCAAGGUUCAAAUUGGCUUACCAAAAAUUAUUUCAAAUUGUAUAUCCAUUUACGUAAAAGACAACAGAAAGGGGUAGAACCAUAGAGACAAAAUAAGAAGCAAAUUAAACACAAACCACAAAACUGGAAAAUUUGGGAAGCUAAUCUUGCCCAGCAGGAUCUGAACUGCUAUGCCACUGCAGCCAACUGAGUAGACAAAUCUCAAUCAGCUAGGCGAGAUCACCAUCCGAGAUGAUAAGGAUCUGGAACUAAAGGCCUCCCAACUUUUUCAUAGAUCUG